AUGACCUCGGACACCGUGCCAGCGUCCGAACGGCCUGAGCCCUCCCCGCUAACUGACUAUCUUGCCGGUAUGUUGCGCACGCCCAAUCAGUCUCACUCACUCACACCCUCAGAUGUAGAAAAGUCAUUCGAUGCGGACAGGGGAUUAGCCUCAUCGCCCUCAUCCUCCUCCACCCCCACCACACCUGCCACUGACCGUGAUCGACGAAAGAGCAGGCGGCAAUCCACUCCGUUCUAUACAAAGGGCAUUCCAACUAGCCCUGGUCCUCCCGUCACUCAUCUCGACCUCGCCAAGGCUGCCGAACAGCGCCUCAAGGUUCCGUCCACCCCGACACCAAUGCGCUCAGACCGGAGCCCGACAUCACCCUCAUUGUCCCCGUCCGCGACGCCGUCGUCAUUACCGACACCGUCCCCAUCACGAUCGCCGUUGAGCCGACCACCAGUGCUACGACGACCGACAGACGAUGGCUUCACAGAGCGAUUCCAGUAUCUCGUUGCCUCGAGCGGGCUGCUCGAGAAGACGCAGAUCCUGUCGCUCGUGAGCGCACAGGAGGAGGACAACCCGCCAGUGCCGCCAGAAGCCGACGACAAACUGCAGAUGAUCGUGCAAUCGCAGCAGCACCGAUGGGACAUUUACGCUGCGAGCGCGUUUGUCAUCGUGUCAGUCCUGUAUGUCCUAGGGCUGUCCAUGUUGCUCGUCCCAUCGGCGGCGGUCGCGGGUGGCGCUGCCCUGCUGCUACCCUCGAAAAGUGAUUCGACCUCGGAAAUGGCGAAAGCCCCACAAGUUGAUUCGACUGAAGCCGCAAAGGAGGAGCCGAAGCCGUCCGAGGAUAGCACGACUCGGGUGUUCAACACGCUGAACGCGCUGCUCGCAGAGUCGCGAAACCUCGACCAGGCCAUCGGAACUGCCAUGUCCCUUUUGGCGCCUCGCCCCGACGACCUUGAGAGUGGCCACAGCCUCAGGAUCGCCCUUCACCGACUGUUCUCCGACAUGACCGACAGCCUGGCGGGAACGACGUCGACGCUGAUCCCGAUGGCCGACCGCAGCGAACUUGCCGUGCUCGGAGACAUGUACGACAUUCCCGUGCUCGGGAACCGCAGGAGACGCGCGUCCAGCAGCGGCAGCGAAGGAAGCACAACGACGCCUGUACCUCACCGGCAACGCUCGUUAUCAACUUCGGAGGCUGUAACCAUGGGUGAUGAUCCGAGCACGCCUGCGGCUGCGGCACCCGACGCCAAUGAUCGGUUCACCCCUCUGCCAGUGCGCCAACUUCGUCAUAAGCGGUCGGAGAGCAGAGGCUUCGACCACUCGCCGGCCGCAUCCCCUCUGCGACCAUACCACAGCCAGCACCAGCGGGAAGCGUCGGUUGAAACGCGAGGAAACGAUGGCGACGAAGCGAUGUCUGUCGCGAGCUCGUCGACCGAGAGCAGCAGCUUGGCGCCUUCAUCGCUUCCGGAACAGCUUAAUGGGGCACGCCCGCCAGUUGGACCAGCGAGCCGUGCAGUCAUGAUGUCUUUCACUCCCAAGCGAGCUUCCCCACUAGCGCACACGGGACACACGGGGCACACCCUGGAGCGCCCAGACGCUGCGCCCUCGAGUUUCCCUGCGAACGCUGCGCCGUCCAGCUUCCCUGCGUCGGCCCGAACCACCUCACCCACGUCCUUCCACAUGCGGCCGUCACAGUCACCGUUCCGACGAUCGCUGCAGGACAUUCCUUACAUCCACACGCCGCCCAGCUCGAGUGCUGAGCAGGCGGCCGAGCUCGCCAAGGCGCGCGCGACUUCCAACAUGUCGAGCGCCAAGCGGCGGUCGCUCCAGACGCCUUACAACCUCGACCUGCAGCGGGAACAGACGCUCGUCGAAGCGAACGCCGGCGGCCUGACGCGCGCGAGCUCGCUGCAGUACACGAACCGCAGCGCACACUCGGAUGCGUUGGCUGCGUUGGAAGGAAAGCGGAACGUGACCGAGCCCGUGAGGUCCGGUUUGCGGCCGCUGACCAUGUCCGCCUCCCUGUCGACGCCAAACAAGCGAGCGUCGAGUAUUUGGAACACUCAGAUCAGCCCGCCAAAGUCGACGCCGCAGCAGCAGGUCGUCGAGUCCAAGUCGCGCAACCGUAACUCGAUCAUUUUGGAGAGCGGCUCGGCGGGUACGGCGGCGAUGGCGCAGUCAGAGGCAAUGUCGAGCAGACGGUCAUCGACCACGCUAGAGGGCCAGACGUUGUUGUCGUCGCCGGACGGCUCGGCUGCGUCAAAGCGGUCAUCGCUGCUCCUCGACCAGGGACCGGCUGGCAAGCGUGUGCAGCAGCUGCUCGGUGAACAGAACGCUCUUGGGCUGGGUCACUCUCCGCGCUCAGCCUCGCUCGGCGUACACCAGCCGUUCCAGCGUGUGCCAUCGAUCUCGCCGCUUACACUCGGCGGAUUGAAGGCGUCCUGCCAUGGCGUGCACCUGAAGCGACGACGAGUGGCUUGCUGUCUUCUCGGCCUGCGCUUCGCCGAGCCCCGUAGCAGUAGCUAUUGGGACGACGUGUGCGGGGAGAUGCAGAAGCUCACCGAGGCGAUGGCCAUGAGCCGGGAGAGCUUGGAUAGUGCGCGCGAGGAGGCCGAGAAGGAGCUCAGCGCGCAGCGGGCUCUCGCCGAGAGUGCGAAGCGGCACUCAUCCCCCGCGGCGCCGCUCGGUAACAUUGACGACGGACCUGUCGAGUUUGCUCCGCGGUCCGACCCAAUGUUAUCCAGCGUCGAUGAGCUGCAGCGCACGCUCGCACGAGUGUGGGCGCGCUGCGAUGAGCUGCGGCAGCGCGGCGUCACGCUCGAGCCAGACAUUUUAGCCUCCAUCUGGGCGGACGUGCGCAGCGACGUAGGCGGGAUGCUGCGCCAAGUCGAGCGCGGCCGCGAAGCGGUGCGCUCUACGAAUGUUUCCGAAGCGGGCGCGACGGACCCGACCGACUCGGAAAUCAUGCCGAUCAGUGCGUCCAGCGCGGACAUGGAGCCCGGCUUCCUGCGUGCGUGGGAGGCAGUUGAUCAGGAGGAGGACGAGAUUGAACGUCUCGUCUCUGGCGAGGACGUGCCGCCCGACUCUGAGCCGUAUCAGGAGUUCCUCCCGCCGCCGGGCAUUGACGAGGUGUUUGAGGCGGCGAUCCCGCCGGCACCUGCGCCGCGACCAAAGGCGACCUUGUCCCGUGACGAGCGCAUGAAGGCCGCCAAGGAGGCACGCGCGCGGGGUGCGGCCAUGGACCGCCUGACCGCCAACAGCAAGGAGCCCUCCCCCGAGCCCGAAGCAGAGGAAGGGGUACAGCAGGCAACCAGCUCCCUAGUCGCCAGCGACGGUGCCCAAGGAGUCGAAGCCGGACUCUACUCCAGACUCGCGCAUCUCGACUCCCAACAGCACACCUGCUUCCGCCCGCGUGACAACGCCCCAAUCGACGAGCAGCGCACCCCGUCUCGUUGCGUCGCCGUCCCGCUCGCCAACAGUGCUUUCGCCGGUUCAGCCGCAAGUCACGUCGCCGACGAGCGGGCGGAUUGGCUCGCCGACGCCCUCGUCUCGCGUGACCUCGCCGACGCCGAGCUCAAGAGUGUCCUCGCCUCCGCCGACGGCGUGGUCGCCUCGCAGUGCGCCGCGCGUCCUCUCCCCGACUUCUGCGCGCAUGGUCUCUCCCCCGCCUGGCCGGAUGGCGACCAUGUCCCCUCCCCUCAAAUCACCAUCGCCCAUCUCGCCGCGCGCACUCUCGCCCACCGGGCCGCACACGCCGAGCCGCUCCCCUUCGCUCUCCCGGCAAUCUUCUCUCACCCGGGCAUCAAGUCUGACGCGUCCUGGCGCCUCGGGCGCGAGGAAACAGAAGGGCAUGUCCCUGCAGCCGAUAGCGGCUACUGUGCCGCUGGCCACGAGCCCGGACGCGGAACGCAGGAGGAGCCUGCAGACGCUGUACGAGGGGUCGAAUGCGAGUGGGGAGUUCAAGCCCAUUCACCUCAGGGCGCCCGAUGA